CUGUUUUGGUGCCGAGUUGUACCGGCCCUUUUUUUGGGAAUGUAGAUGGCGGAUGAGUCACUUUUCUGUAAAAACAUGCGAUAUAAUAGUGUUUUGAUUAAUAUCCAGUGUUUUGUAUCUUUCCUUUUUAUGAUAAACUUUGACGUGAACUGUCAUGGCUGCUACUAGUUCAGACUGGGAGAAUUUUCCAUCCUACUUUGAAUUAAUUAAAGGCAUACGAGAGUUUAUAUAUAAUACAUAUCGUGAAACCUUUAUAGACCAAAGAGAACCUCAACCAAUAGAACUCACAUGGCGUUAUUAUAAUUUUACAACUUGUGACAUUUUAUUUGUCUUAUUUUUAGCAGUAGUAUGGACAGUUUUGCGGCAUAUAGCUACAAAAAAUGUUUUCAAGCCUUUAGCUCAGCAUUAUGGUUUGACACCGACCAACCAAGGGAAGAUGCCAGAAAGUGCCUGGAAGUUCUUUUAUUACCUCAGUGCCUGGUGUUAUACCUCUUACGUAGUGAUUCUGAGUGGUGAUUACAAGUUCUUCCAAAAGCCCAGCACUGUGUGGGACGGUUGGAAUUUAGAUGAUUCACCACCUUUUAAUAUAUAUUUUAUCUACAUGGCUCAGUGUGGUUUUUACCUUCACUCCCUGUAUGCUACAGUGUUUUUGGACACAUGGAGGAAAGAUUCUCUCGUAAUGAUGAUUCAUCAUGUCUUGACACUGGCAUUGAUAUCCUUCUCCUACUCUCUGAGAUACCACAAUAUUGGUACCUUAGUUCUUUUCACACAUGAUAUUUGUGACAUCUUUUUAGAAUUCACGAAGCUUAAUGUUUACUUCAAAAUACAAGGAAACAGAAUAAUUAAAAAGCACGAACUGUUUGCAAACAUUUCCUUCUUCUGCUUCACUGUUGCUUGGUAUGUAGCACGCCUCUAUUGGUACCCGCUUCGAGUUUUAUACACUGCAACAUCAGAUGUGCAAAGAUUGCAGCUGCUUCUUCCGUGUGCUCUUCUCAUGAACAGUCUGCUGUGGAUAUUGCAGCUGCUCAACAUUUAUUGGUUCUUUUUUAUUGUACAGUUUUUAUUCAGAGUGGCUACUGGGCAAGUGAAGGAAGUGGAUGACACAAGAGAAUAUGAUGUGGAGGAGAAAUUGCUUGGUAGGAAAAUUUAUUCGAGCGAAACAAUUAUUUGUCAAAAUGGGAACUCCACCAUGUUAUUCCAUGAUAAAUUGUUGUUAAAGUGAAUAAUCUAUCUGAAUUGAUCAAAUUUACAGAAGUGCAAAUAGCAAUGGCAGCUGCGAUGAUACCAGACUUUUAAAUGGUGAUGUUACCGGAACAGUGAAAAAAAUGCACCUAAGUUAGUGGAAAUGAAGAACCUUCCAUGAAAAUCUUUAUAUUGAGCUGAUAUCUUUAAUAGAGUUUGAAACUUCACAUUGUGUAAGGCUUAUUUUAUAAAUUGUAUUUUGAACUUUAAUGUGCAUUUUAGUGGACUGCAUACAAUUUUGUACAUAAGCAUGAUGGAAAAAAAUUCUUUUGAAACAAAAUAUCUUUUUAUUAUUGAUUUGUGUGAUCUAAAAAGAAAAAUGAAAUUAUGCAAAUCAGAUUUGUUAAUGGACAGUUAUUUUAUUGAAUAGCAUUUCUUUGGCUGCUAGAAACUGCAUUCAUUAUUUCUGAUUAAAAACAAAUAUUUUUUUAAAUUA